CCCUAAACUUCGUAACCCUAAACCCCUUUCUUUGAACUGAAGGGAACAUAUAUAAAUACUAAUCUCCACGCCGCUACGUCUUCUUCAGCCACAUAGCUCCUUCGCUGCAUCGUUAGGGUUUUGCAUCUGCUUCAAUGGGGAAGGGGACAGGGAGCUUUGGUAAGAGGAGGAACAAGACCCACACACUCUGUGUGAGGUGCGGCCGCCGCAGCUUCCACCUUCAGAAGAGUCGCUGCGCCGCCUGUGCUUUCCCCGCCGCACGCAAGAGGAAAUAUAACUGGAGCGUCAAGGCAAUCCGCAGAAAGACCACCGGAACCGGUAGGAUGAGGUACUUGCGUAAUGUGCCUCGCCGAUUCAAGAGCGGUUUCAGAGAAGGUACUGAAGCUGCACCUAGGAAGAAGGGAGCUGCUGCUACUGCGUAAGCCUUUGGAAGGGUACGAAUUAUAGGAUUAGAUUGUUUUUUUUAUGCUGGGGCAGCUAUCGUGGAACACUUGUUGUUAUAGUCUCAUUGUUUUUUGGUCCCAUUUAAUUUGUAGUUGCUUUAUAUUUCAACAAGAUAUAAGACCUUUUGAUUGUUCAGUUGGAUUGGCAUUUACAGUUUAUGUUUUAAUUGGUUUUUGAUUGA